AUGCCCUUUUUCUCUUCGCCGUCCACUGAGCUUCUCCUAGCACUUCCAAGCUCCCAAGCUCUCACGUGCUUCCGUGCCACCGUGCCCGCUAGCACCCAAGCCAAACGCUUUUCUUGCUGCACAUCUGGAACCUUCAUCAACGUAAUUGGCAUAGUCAUCGACUUCAGAGCUCCAAUCCCGACUAAGAAGACGGACUACAAGGCCCAGAUCCGCUUCUACGAUGAAUCUGCUCAAGAUGUCGACUCCAAGUCAUUAACCCUGAAUGUCUUUCGUGGCCGAGAUGCGAUGCCAAAUCCUGCUUGUGGCGAUGUUGUGGUCAUUCUUAGAGCAAAGGUUCAAACAUACAAUUUCGAGCUCUCGCUCAUGACGAACUACCAGACAGACAUAUAUGUAUUCACAGCUUCAAAUAUUCCAAAGCCUCCGCAAGGCGCAGAGAAAGCCUUGCACCCCAUUGUGAAGAAGCCUAGCAGAGUACUUACAGGAGCCGACUUUAUCUACAUAUCUGCCUUCUAUCAUCGCAUCGACAAGGACAGAGUGCCAACAGCCGCCGAAUACCACCACAAAUUUGAAGCUUCUGUGCAAGUCAAGGAGAAAUUCAGUCUCCUCAGAGAUGUCGCUUGUGAUCGCUUCGUCGAUGUCAUCGCCGAAGUAGUCAAACAACCGUACGACUUGGGCGACAAGUUUACUCUCUGGAUUUCCGACUACACGGAGCACGCGAAUUUCUUCAACUUCAUCAUGGAAGACCUUGACUCUCACACGCAUCCCGGGCCACGAAACAGCGCCGUCGGCUCUAAUGCCGCUGAUAGUGACUGGUGUGGCCCAUAUGGCAAGCAUAGCUUGCAGAUCACAUGCUGGGAGCCGCAUGCGGCGGCAAUCAGGGCCAACAACAUAUCUGUCGGCUCUUGGGUCUUCAUCAAAAACCUUCAGAUAAAGUACGGCCGCAACAGCAGCAAUCUAGAAGGCUUUCUUCGAGGAGACCAAGAGUUUCACAGCAAAAUCAACAUUUCGGUACUCGAAAAUCUAGAUGAUGCCGAUGCCAUGGACCCCCGAUUACUGGACACGAUUCGUCGACGACUAAAUUAUGAAAAAGAGAAGAAGAAUCAGCUCAAAUCAAUAAGAGAGGCUGCCAAGGCUGGUCAGAAGCGACGAGCAGCUCUGGAAGAUGACUCGAAACCUCGUAAAUCAAACUCAAAAUCACGGCGCAAUGAGAAACGACAGGCUGCAAAAAACGUUGCAGUGUCUGCGACCAAUCCUGAACAUGAGAAGUCUCCUACACCUGAAGCAGAAACCUCGAAGAUUAAGCUCAACUCCAUCAUCAAAUGCGAAAAUGAGAAGCAGCCACUCAGCACCGUCGCAGAGCUGCUAGAACGGAUCUAUUUCGAAACUCUCAUCAGCACGGACGCCGCCAAACUGCCGCUCCCCUUCAUCAACGCCAAUUACCGUGCAAGUGUCCGCGUCAAAAACUAUCUGCCGCACAGGCUGGAGGACUUUGCAUUUGCCAAGCUCAAGGGUGAUAUCUACGAUGUUUUGUCCGACGCGGAAUCUGACUCGUCAGACAACUCAGAGGACAUGACCAUGGAUCGAUUCGUCACGUCUGAAAGGAUUGCCGGAUGGGCGUGGCGCUUCCACCUCCUCUUGGAGGACGCGCGAGACACUGAUGAUGCGGAACAGAAAGACGAGGUCUGGGUCACGGUCGAUAACCACGCCGCGCAGUGCCUUUUGAACAUGAACGCCUGCGAUCUCAAAAAUAGCAGGUCCGAGGUGGCAAAGUUGCGCGAGAAGCUGUUCUACCUCUGGGGCGACCUAGAGGAGCAGAAGACCAAGAAGCUGCUGCGCAAAGCAAAAGCCGACAAACAGGCCCGGACCAACGCGCCACCUGCGGACAGCGACGAUGAGGGGCCCAGCUCGGGCAUAGUGCCGGCCAAUCGUCCCUUCUCGUGCUGCAUCAAGCAGUAUGGCGUCAAGAUGCGUGAAGCAGACGAGGCAAAGGCCGAUGCGGGCAAAGGGCGCAGGUGGCAGCGCAUGUACGGUCUAUUCGGGACGCAGAUCUCGGUGCCUGACGUGGUCAGGACGGAGUAG